AUGGCCCACAAGGGAAGAGUUCCAGUCGGCCCUGACCAGAACGCAGUACUGCAGCAGCAACUUCCAUUUCGCCGUAUAUCGUGGGCCGUGCUGGCCCUCGGCGACCGGUUAAUCGAGGAGAUCGAUGUCCGCACCGUGGCGGACUGCGCGCGGUUCAAGGUGCCGCUGUUUAUCGUGCGGUCAAAGGCGGGCAUGCACAUCCUCAAGGCUCAACGCCAUGAAGGAGCACGGCGACUCUGCCCGCAUCGCAGAGAACCCGGCGCUGUCUGUCAAAUGUCGCAAUGA